CCCUUCACCGCCAAGAUUUUGAAGACAUCCAAGUUCCAUUUUUUUUUUCUUUUUCCUUCUUCAAUUUGCAGAGAACUUCUAAGAGAGAGUUUGGAAGAAGAAGAGAAAUUUUACUAGAAUUUUUAGGUUGAAGAAGAGGAGGAGAACUCAAGCAAAGUGUAUCAAUGGCUGAAUUUUAGUUCAUUCUGCACAUCACUGGUUUUUAAUUCGGUUUGAACUCUUCAAAAGGAUUUAAGAGGGCAGUUGGUUUUCACUCGAAAUCAGGAGGUCUCUGGUUUUUCUUAUAUUUCAGAGUGUAUCGGUGGAGUUAGAAUCUCUAUUUGCUAUGUUAAAUUGUAGGGACAAAUUAAAAAGGUCGUGUGCGCGCGAUUCUCGAAGUGGUUCUGUUUUGAGGGUCAUAUGUGUUUAUGCACGGGGAAUCAGAUUUAUAUGUCUUCAGGAAAGUUUUAGAGGAUCUCAAAAUGAAGAUUUUGAUAUAAAGAACACUCAUUUGGGUUAAGUAUUGAGAAAGUUAUAGUCCUUUGAAGUUUAUGUUAGAAAUCUGGAAAUUUUAGAGAAUUGUUGAAAUAGGAUUUUAUUUCUUAAGCUUUGUUUUCGUGAGCGUCAUCUUUGGUGCGACAUGUUAUGUAUAUCUUUAGGAAACCAGAAUGUUUAGAGUUUUAAUACUCGGUUGGGUUGUUGGCAGGCCGAGAAGAAUUAAACCGAGCUUAUAGACCAAGGAUCUAGCCCAAGACUGUGAGUGACAAAACCAACUUUGAAAUAUUUUCCAUAAUUGUUAUUAUGAUUGAAUGCGAUAAAUGUUUAUUUACGAAGCCAUGAAAAGUAUUUGAAUUUCAUGACUAUUUUCAAGUAUACAUUUGGAGACUAGAUUUCUUAAAGAAAUUUAUGCUAGCACGUAGAUAUUAAAUGUUUGGAAAGUAUUUAAACCAUAAUAUUUUAAGCAAAGCAUGAAUUAGUAUGAAGUUUUGUUUUAAGAACUACAAUUUUUCACGAAAGAGCUGAGUAAAGUUCGAGUUUUGUGUAAAAUUUAUAAGCAGGCAUGUUUUAAUAUUUAAAGAUGAUUUAUGAAAUUUUCAUUAACUACAUGACUGAGAUCUUGAGCCUGAGGCUAGAGAUUACUGUGUGCACACUGGUUAGAUUCCGUUGUUGACGUUGAGUGUACUCCGUAACAACGAUGCUGUCGUGAGUGCUGGGCGGGCCCCACUACGACAAAGAUGAUGGGAGUGUUGGGCGGGCCCCACUACAUCGUAGUGCUUGUAAACGUUGUUGUACUAGGUGUACCCUACACAACGUAUGUUCGUCAUGUUAGUUAAAAUGCUUCGAUAUACUUGAUAUGCCUUGCUAGAUUUCAAUGAUGAACAUGCUGAGUAUUUAAGGAAGCUAUUCUUACUACUACACAUUUACAUAUGCGACUUGUAUAAACAGAUUUAUAUGUGUAAAGUUUUCACGUGCUCUUAUCUUUAAAUUCAUAGUUUUAAACUGAGUCACUCACUGAGCUUCAUAGCUCACCCUUUCCAAAAUGUUUUACCCAUUUUCCAGGUAGAGAUCGACUUCCCGGUGCCUGAUAGACUGCCUUAGUCUGCGCAAGCUUCAUUAUCGAUUGCCAGUACGUGUUUUGAGUUGGGCAUAGAGUCUGUUGUGUUGUGGUGUAUAUACACCCUUGUAUGUUAUAGAUACUCCACAGUUUGUAUAAGCUUUAGGAGCUGUAGUUGUGUAAAUUUUGUUGCUUAUAUUUUGAUUAAGGUGUCUUUAGGUUUACUCGUGAAAUCGGUAAAUUUUGAGGUACACUUCAUGUAUGUGUUUGACUAGCUGUGUUUGACUAGCCUAGGAUCUGCUGUGUUUUGUGGCAUGUACAAUAGUUUAUAUACUAGAUUGGCAAGUUCAUCACAUGAAAGUUUUAAGCAGAGUCGACAGAUACAGGUACAGAAAAGCGUUGUUCGUCGGCUUCACGCCAUCUUUCGGUCUAAGGUAGCAGGUAGUCCGGGAGGGGGUGUGACAUGACUCGUUCAAAACUAUCUCUUUUGUCUCAACAAGACCACAAGUAUAAGGUUCUUGAAAAAGAAUAUUUGAAGAUGAAGGAAGAAAUGGUAGAAAUGAAAACAAUGAAAGAUGAAAUGAUUGAAAUGAAAGCACUUAUGUUAUCUUAUUUAAAGAAACAGACUGAACCAACUGAGGAACUUUCAAAUGCUACUACAAGUGUGCUUAAGCGACUAAAUAUUCCUCCAAUGCCUUCUCCAUCGAGUAUCAAUAACAACAGUCAAACUAAGUGCAAGUUAUUAGAUUGGUAUGGCUCAGGAGAGAUUGUUACUGAAGGAAGAUGGUCUUCUAAUGAUCCAACUGCUCUGGUCCAUCAUGUUCCUAUUGGUCCACAUGCGAUUAGAGUAUGGGUUGAUGUAGCAAAGAAAUCAAACGCAUAUUUGUGGAGGCCAACAUCAGAAAUGACAUGUAUUGAAGAAGCUUUGGGAAGUACAUUUGCAUGGCCAUCUGAUAAAGUGAUCAUUAGUAUGUUGUCUAAUUCUAAUAUUUUUUGUCUACAUUUGUUAAAGAUUUUCUAUACUUGUUUAAUUAAUAUAUGUUUUAUAAUUUUAUGUAGGUGAUGAAAUGGAGUCGUCUUCACCAGAGGACUAAAGAUUGUACACUUAUGACCAACUUUGCUUGUAGACUUAUGAUGAACUUUAUUUGUAUUUUGAGGGUUAAUUUGUGUGGUUCAUACAUUAUUUACUAAUAUGUGUAUUUUGAUUGUCAAUGUGUAUGGUUGGUACAUUUAGAAUGACUACAUUGUUUGGUAAUUUUAAUACAUUAUGAAUGGUUUUAUA